AUGUCCAAUCUCAUGUGGAAAGAUCCUCAUAAGGAAGAACCUUAUGCAGAAAAAACAAGGGUAACUGCCGCAGUAGCUGCUUCAAGCAAGCAGGAACUGGUUUGCCCUCCAGGACCAAAGGGAGCACCAGGACAAAGGGGACAAAAUGGCCUUGAUGGAAAAGACGGUAUACCUGGAAGGAACGGAAACUCAGGAAAUGGAGUAAAUGCGGACACUAAUGGGCUAUGUCUGCCAUGCCCAGCUGGACCUCCAGGUUUAGCCGGGUACAAAGGAAAAAGGGGAGCCAGAGGCCCCAAGGACCGCCCGGUAGGUGAUGGAGCCGCUGGAGACCCCGGACCUGAUGGAGAUGUUGGACAUCCCGGACCACUUGGUGCUCCCGGACCAAGAGGUCCCCCUGGAGAGCCCGGUGUGGGUACUGUGAAAGGACCACCAGGACCUCGUGGAGAAAUGGGACCACCUGGAGCGCCUGGUGAUGAAGGUCUCCCUGGUGAGAGAGGCGACGACAUGAAGCCUGGACCUCAGGGACCACCUGGACCAGUGGGUGCACCAGGUGACGCUGGACCGGACGGUAUUCCCGGUCCUACUGGAAGACCGGGAGGAAAUGGUGCCGAUGCAGAGUAUUGCCAAUGUCCUAAUAGGUCUAAAAAACCAAAAGAUUCCUACGAUGCCGGCGCUGGCGCUGCAAAUGCUGCAGCGCACGUUGUCUCGGAUGUUGUGUCACGACCUAGUGUUGCCGCGGAAAGUCAAGCUGUGUUCGAGAACGGUGGUAAUGGUGUAGGUGCUGACAUCGCAGGACAGGGAGUUGGAGUCGAAGGAACCUAUCCGGCCAAAGCUAAACUCAACAAGCGUCAGUUGGCCAAAUCUCUACGAAGAAAACUUGUUCUAUUGUAG